CCCCUUUUCCAGCAUGGCAGAGCAUCCGACCCAGGACCUACUGGCUUUCCUCUCCCCAGAUACCCGUCUGGACCUGAAGGACCGAGCCACGUACUAUGUGAUGGGGCUCACAGGCAACCCGGAGGGCAGGCGACUGCUGGCCUCGCAGCCGGAACUUGUGUCCGCCUUGUUGGCCCUGACCAGCGACCGCUCCCCGUGCAUGGCCACAGACGCUUACCACGCCCUCAUCAACCUGGCCACGGAGCCCGCUGCCCACGGGGCCCUGAAGGAAGGGCUUCCCGUCCUGCUGAAGCGCUUGCUGGAUCCAACCUUCCCCAUGGCCAACCAGGUCUGCACGCUGCUCUCCAACCUGUCUCGGGAGGAGGCCUCGUGCAGAGCGCUCUUGGCUGCCCUCCAGGAGGAGAGCCUGGGGGGGCUGGCGGCCCUGGUGGACGCCUUCUGCACGGAAGGCUUCAACGCCGAGGCAUCUCUCCACUACCUGGGGCCCUUGCUGUCGAACCUCAGCCAGCUGCCUGAAGCCCGAGACUUCCUCUUGGACAGAUCCAGGUGUGUGGUGCAGAGGUUGCUGCCUUUCACACAGUACACACGCUCAUCCAUCCGCCGAGGAGGGGUGGUGGGCACGCUCCGCAACUGCUGCUUUGAAUAUGGGCACCACGAGUGGCUGCUGAGCGACGAGGUGGACCUUCUCCCCUUCCUCCUCCUCCCUUUGGCUGGACCUGAGGAGUUUCCCGAGGACGAGAUGGAAAGGCUGCCCCUGGACCUCCAGUACUUGGCAGCGGAGAAGAAGAGGGAGCCAGACCCCGACAUCCGCAAGAUGCUGCUGGAGGCCAUUAUGCUGCUCACAGCCACCAAGCCAGGGCGCCGGCUAGUGCGAGAGAAAGGCACUUACCUCAUCCUGCGGGAGCUGCACAAGUGGGAAAAGGACCCAGGUGUCCUGGCUGCCUGUGAAAAGCUGAUCCAGGUCCUCAUUGGUGACGAGCCGGAGGCCGGGAUGGAGAACCUGCUGGAGGUGGAGAUCCCUGCGGAGGUGGAGGAGCAGCUGCAGCGCCUGGAUCUGGAGGAGGCAGAUCAGCUGCAGCAGCAGCAGGAGGAGAAGGAGGAGUGCAAGAGCCAGGCAUCCUGCUCUGAAGGGCUGCAGAGAUGAGGCACAGAUAACUGGGACAAUGAAGACCCCAAGUCCUUCUCUCCCUUCGCCCCUUGUGGCCAAAGCCCCUGCAACUGCAGUCUGGAAAGGAGGGUUGGCCAAGGAGCAACCAGCAGUGGGAGGACGGAACUGAGCCCCCUUCAGGAAUGGGAAGGGCAGGAUCUGAAGCCUGGGCCCUCCCUGCCAGCAGUUUGUCCAGGCAUAGCUGGGUGCCCUUCCUGAGCCUGUAGGGGGCUGGCCUGCCCGGGGCGGUGUGUGUGUGUUAUUGGGUUGUGGUUUUUAUUUUGAUCAUAUUGUGGUUUUUUAUGUUGACCUUUUCUGCGAACCGCCCUGAGACACUGGGUCUAUAAUUUCAAUAAAUAAAGAUAAUAAUUCUGCCACCACCCACAGAAAGAGGGUGAUGAGUUGGCAGCCCCAGUGACUCUACUGCCCUCCAAUAAAAUGUUUGCCAGCACAGAAAGACCCAGUUUAUAUCUGGCAUUUGAUUCUCUGAGGUUCCUGCCCUUCUUCUGGAGUCUGAGUGAGAAGACAGCCCUGUGGGUCUGGCCGGGUCUGCCUGGCCAUAGGUGCCCCCCACCCAGCCGCAUAGAAUCAUAGAGUUGGAAGAGACCACAAGGGCCAUCCAGUCCAACCCCCUGCCGAGCAGGAAACACCAUCAAAGCAUUCUUGACAUAUGCCUGUCAAGCCUCUGCUUAAAGACCUCCAAAGAAGGAGACUCCACCACACUCCUUGGCAGCAAAUUCCACUGCCAAACAGCUCUUACUGUCAGGAAGUUCUUCCUAAUGUUUAGGUGGAAUCUUCUUUCUUGUAGUUUGAAUCCAUUGCUCCGUGUCCGCUUCUCUGGAGCAGCAGAAAACAAUCUUUCUCCCCACUCCCCAGCCUCCUUCCAAGCGGAAUGUCUGCUGCAAUGGCGGAGGUGCCCCCCACCCCACAAUAGGUUGCGACCCACACCGGCGACGUCUGGGCUGCCUUUCAGCACAAGGGACCCCUUUCCAGGGUGUUUUCAUCCAGACUUCGCAACCUGUGGCCGCCUGCGUGCUUUGUACUACAACCCUGGGGAUGAUGGGAGUUGUAGUCCAAAACACCUGGAAGGCAGCAGGUUGGGGGAGGCUGCUCAGCAGGCCGGGAAAGGACGGGGCCAUUUCUGGAUUGCCUUCUUGGUCCGUCAGAAAUGAGCUGCCUGUUUCCUGCCCAGGCAGUCGGCCGAGGGAGGCAAGUUGCUGAGCAGCACUGGGAGGGGGGAAGAGGCCUCUUCAAGGCUUCCCAUUUGAAGGGCCGCUGAAAAAUGGGAGGUGAGACUAGGUGGGCUUUGGGCCUGAUCCAGCGGAAGGGCUCCUCUUAGAUGCAACCCUCCUUCCCUGCUCCCCCCCCAUUCCAGAGGUCCUCCUCAGCCCUUUCCAACAUGAGAGAGACUGCUCUGAGCUUGGUGCCUGCAGGGAGGAAUACUAGGAAGAGAUGGAUUCAGGCGGCUGCAGGGGCUUAAGGCUGGGCAAAGGGUGCGAUCCCAUCAAGGGAGAGCAAUGUUAUCAGCUGCUCUUAGUUGCAUGAGGCUCUUGGUAGCUCAAAAAUAGCAUUUACGGCCUCCAGAGAGUAGUCAUUAAGAGGCAGCUCCUCCUCCAUGAAUUCGUCUUUUAAAGGCCUCCAGAUGGGUGGCCGUCUCUGCCUCCUGCCUGGGGGAGGGAGUUCCGCAGUCUAACCCUGGGCUGUGUCCAGAGGCCUUUCUUUCAUCUGCCCUGGACCUCCCAGCACUCAGCUUCAUGGGCUGCCCAGGAGCUCUAGCGUUAGGAGAGAGCGAGAAGCCCAUCCUCUCUCUCCAAGGGCCCCUUCCCUGGCUGGGGUCCCUGAGGGAGCCGUUUCCUUGAUGAGCAGGAGGGAAGGCGACUGGGCUGGCUGGGACCUGAAGGGUUUGCUCUCCUGUGGCUCAAUGGGGAAGAAUCUCCAGGCAGGCGAGGGAGGUGACUCAGGUAGAGUUGGGAGGGAUCCUGAGGGUCAUCUAGCCCAACCCCAGUAAAGGGCCUGUGGCAGCUGAUGGGAUCCACGCAGAGGGCAGCUCUGGGCGCAUGUGGAGGGCGGAAGAAAGAUCCUGUGUCUCUUGCUAAGCAGAAACUGCAUGGCAUGGAGGGCCAAGCCAGGGGAGACAUUUAUGGCCUGGGUGCAAAGGAGGGCAUCCCUUAAGCGGCUCCACAGGGAGAGGGCGAUUAACCCUUUCCUGGCCAGCCUCGGUCCUGGCAACACUGGCCUCUGAAGCCCCUGGCUGCCUUUCAAGGACAGCCUCCAGGACCUGCCCCAGGGAGAGAGAUGCUCUUCUCUCUGCCCCCUCCAGGGCCCCAGCCAACAAAUUCAGCGGAUAUGAAAUAGGUGGAUUCCAUAAAAGGUGGAUUGGGACCAGGUGCUUGAACUGACUGCAGAGCUCCGUCUCCGCUGCGUUUAUUUGAAGAUGUGGAUGUAGAUUAGGCUGAAUAAACUGCCAGAAGAUCUGAGCCAUGCAAGCAAGUGUGAAGUUUUUUAAAUGGCCACAGGAAUCCCUGGGAAGGAGGAGGAGCAAGCAGCAAGGGACCUGGGACAAGGGGCAGGAGCUCUUUCUAAAAAACCAAAUACUGUAGAAACCUGCCCUGAGCAUGAACCAGCCCUCCAGUGCUGGGUUGUGGGGCUGGUUCAGCAGCAGCUCCUGAUCCAAAGGCUACAGGAAGCAAAAGUGGCCUUUUCUAGGGGAUGUUGGCGGUAGGAUUCGGAAAGCGUGAGAUAUGCGUGGCCCCGCAUGUAACCUUCACGUGGGAAAAAGGGCUGCCCCGGGGACAUUGGGCAGCAACUUCUCCGUGAGCUGCCCGGGGCAUUAAUGCAGAGGCAACGGGGAGUGUGGGGGACCG